AUGGCUAAAGUGGAUUGUACACUUGAUGGAGAUCUUUGUAAUAAAAACGAUGUAAAAGGAUAUCCAACUUUACAUGUAUUUAAUCAAGGAAAGUUUGUAGAAACAUAUGAUAGUUUACGCGAUUUUGAUUCAUUAACAAGUUUUGUUAAAAAAAUGGCACAAGAAUAUUAUAUAUUAAGCGAUGAUCAAGAUGAUGAUUCAGUGUUGAGUGAUAGUAAUAAUAACGAAUCUGCUAUCAAACCAAAUCCUUUGGGACAAGUAGUAACUCUUAAUGGCAAAAAUUUUGAUAAGUUGAUAAGUUCUGGUACUUGGUUUAUAAAAUAUUAUGCUCCUUGGUGUGGGCAUUGUCAAAAAUUAGCACCAACUUGGGAAGAAUUAGGUCGUAAAUUACAAAAUAAGAUGAAUAUUGGUAAAGUUGAUUGUACUACUAAUGGAGUUAAAGGUUAUCCAACAUUAAAAUUGUAUCCUUUUAAUUUCCCCAAAAAAAAUCAAAAUAUUUUAAUAACUUUUAAUGCAGUUAAUAUCCAAGGGCCUGAUGAUGUUACUGAUUAUAAAGGUUCAAGAGAAUUAAUUAGUCUUCAAGAUUUUGCUGAAAGUGCUGCUAAAGCUCGAAUUUUCGAAAUUAAUUUAAAGGAUUUUGAAAGGGCUAAAAAAAUGGACGAUGUAUUAUUCUUAUUCCUUUAUAAUGAAACAACCCCAGUUAAAGUUUGGUUAUCACGCUCUUUUUUCACGGUGAAAUUUUAUUCUAGUUCAGAUUCCAAUCUAAUAGCACAACUAGAUGUUGACAGUUUACCAUCAUUAUUAGUGAUAAAAGAUGAUUUUAAAAAAAUAUAUCCAAAUAAUUCAAUAGAAGCAUACACGGAUCGACAGUCACUUAAAGCUUGGAUACAAUCAGAAAAAUAUCCAUUGGUACCGGCAAUGGAUUUUGAAAAUUACGAAGAUAUUUUGGGUGGUGAACGAUUGGUUGUUUUAGGAGUUCUUAGACCACUUGAUGGUAAAACAUUUAUUAAAACAAAAAACGACUUGAAAGACAUUGCAAAACUUUAUUAUAAACAAAUUAAACAAAAAGGAGGAUCAGAAGAUGGCAGAGCUGUUAUUUUUGCAUGGAUAGAUGGGAAAAGAUGGUCUGAUUAUAUUUAUGGUGUUUAUGGAUUGACUAAUAACGAUUUACCUACUAUUUUAAUUGCUGAUCCUGUGACGAAUGAAUUUUUUGAUACAACAAGAACGGGAGAAAAAAUUUCAUUGGCAGAUCAAGAGAAAUUACUUGCAUCUAUUCAUGAUGCCAAGACAGGAUAUUUGGCUGGAAAAAGUACAAUUGGAUAUUGUUUCAAACCACAAAUAAGAGAGGUUAAAGAUUUUGAAAGAGGAUAUGAAAAAUUUGAAUAA